AUGGGUUACCUGAAGCUGCUGCUGAUGAAGGAUUUCAAGUCGUGGCGGGGGCAGCAGGUUAUCGGCCCCUUCAUGAGGUUCAACUGCAUCAUCGGGCCCAACGGAUCAGGAAAAUCUAACAUAAUGGAUGCUGUUAGUUUUGUGCUGUGUGAAAAGAUUUCUAAUUUACGAGUUAAAAGUAUUCGAGAACUUAUUCAUGGAGCACAUGUUGGAAAACCAGUUUCUUCUACAGCUAGUGUGAAGAUAGUAUAUUGUGAAGAAGAUGGGGAAGAAAAAACAUUUUCAAGAGUUAUCCGUGGUAGUUGUUCUGAAUUUCUUUUCAAUGAUAAAUCUGUCAGCCGAUCUGCUUACAUAUCUGAGCUUGAAAAAAUAGGAAUACUUGUCAAAGCUAGGAAUUGUCUUAUUUUUCAGGGAACAGUAGAAUCAAUUGCAAUGAAGAAGCCGAAGGAGAGAACUCAACUUUUUGAACAAAUCAGUAAUUCAUGGGAAUAUGCUGAAGACUAUGAACGAAAAAAGAAAAAAAUGCAGCAAGCAGAACAGGAUGCGCAGUUUACUUAUAACAAGAAAAAAAGUGUUGCAGCAGAACGCAAACAAGCAAAGAUAGAGAAAGAGGAGGCAGAGCAUUACCAGAUGCUUCUCAAGGAACUGGAUGAAGAAAGGAUACAGCUGAAGCUUUUCCGGCUUUAUCACAACGAAAAAAACAUAGACUUUCUGAAAAAAAGUUUGGAUGAAAAGAAUAUGGAGGCUCGUAUCAAGAAAGAAUCUCUUUCCAUGGCAGAAGAUGCAUUUAGAGCCAAGAAAAAGGUGCUUGGUGUACUAAACAGAGACCAACAGCACAUGGAAAGAGAAAUGAAGGCUCUGGAGGCAUCACUGAUUCAGCAGAAACCCCUCUAUAUAAAAGCAAAGGAAAACACUUCCUACCAAAUCAAGAAAGUAGAAAUGUCUAAAAAAUCUCUAAGGGACAAGGAGAAGUCCUGUGAUAAGGAAAAGCAGAACAUAAAAGAACUAGAGGUAGAAUUGAAUGAUACUGAGAAGGCGUGGAGAGCGUUUGAGAAGAAAGCUGAAGAGAUGUUGCAGAGAGCAGCAGUUAUUGAGCUGGGAGACAGUCAGUUGGAGCGCUAUAAAGAGCUAAAGGAAAUAGCAAGAAAGAAAGUAGCUACACUAACCCAGCAGCUAGAAAAACUUCGCUGGGAGGAAAAAGCAGAUCAAGAAAGGCUGAAACUUAAUCGGAGGAAGAAAAAAGAAGUUGAGGGAAACAUAAAACAGACUGUGGAACAGAUAGAAGAGCAUAAAAAACGAAUAGAGAAGUUGGAAGAAUAUGCCAAGAUAUGCACUGAGUCGUUAGCCGAGAAAAAACAGCAAGAGGAAGCGCUAACUAAGGAAAUUGAAAACUCAACAAUACGAAUGGCUGAAGUGAACGAAGAGUUGAACAAAAUAGUUGGUGAACUGCAGAAUGCCAAAAUUGAUUACCAUGAAGGAAGGCGUCAGCAAAUGAGAGCAGAGAUCCUGGAAAGUCUCAAAAGACUAUAUCCGGAUUCUGUGUUUGGAAGACUGCUUGACCUGUGUCAUCCUAUUCAUAAAAAAUACCAGCUUGCUGUUACCAAGGUAUUCAGCAAAUACAUGACUGCUAUUGUCGUUGCCACUGAAAAAACAGCAAGAGAUUGCAUUCGGUUCCUAAAACAAGAACGAGCUGAACCUGAAACUUUUCUUGCUUUGGAUUACCUUGAUGUUAAACCGAUCAACGAAAAGUUAAGAGAGAUAAAAGGAGCUAAAAUGAUGGUGGAUGUUGUACAGACUCCAUUUGCUCCGCUGAAAAAAGUGAUUCAGUUUGUGAGUGGGAAUGGCUUGGUCUGUGAAACAGUCAAAGAAGCAAAACAAAUAGCGUUUGAUGGACCAGUGAGGUUGAAAACAGUGGCUCUUGAUGGAACUUUAUUUUUGAAAUCUGGAGUGAUUUCUGGAGGAUCAAGUGAUUUAAGAUUUAAAGCUAGAUGUUGGGAUGAUAAAGAAAUGAAUAAAAUGAAAGAAAGAAGAGAUAGCUUGAUUAAUGAGUUAAAGGACUUAAUGAAGAUAAAACGUAAGGAGGCUGACUUGAAGCAGUUGCGUGCUCAAUGCCACGGAACUCAGACACGACUUAAAUAUUCACAGAGUGAAUUAGAGCUUAUUAAAAAGAAACAUCUCGCUAAUCUCUAUACGGAAAAAUCAAAACUGGAAAGUGAACUGGUAAAUAUUGAGUCUCAGCAUGAUAUGCUGAAUGAAGGAAUAGCACAAAGAAAAGAAAAAAUAGAAGAAUUCCAGAAAAAAAUUAAUGAGGCUGAAGAUGCUGUUUUCCAGGAAUUCUGUGAAGAAAUUGGUAUAGAAAAUAUUCGUGUGUAUGAACAAGAACAUGUGAGACAACAAGAGGAGAUUGAUAAGAGAAGACUGGAAUUUGAAAAUCAGAAGACAAGACUAAACAUUCAGCUGGAAUAUAAUCGUGAUCAUCUACAAAAAUUAACAAACACAGUCAGCAAGUUGAGGGAGACCAUUCAUAAAGAUGAAGCUGAGAUUACUGGGCUACAGAAGGAUGAGGAAAAGCUUCUAAAAAAAGUCAAUGAAAUUGUGGAGGAGCAGCAACAUCUUAAGGAUAGAUUAAGUGCUCAUAAAUCUGAGGUUAUAAAAACCCAAAAUGAAGUUGAAGAGUUCAGAAAGACGUUGUUAACUCUUAAUAGGGAAGCUACAAAAUUACAAAAGGAAGCUACAGCUAUAGAAACUGCCCUGGAAGAGAAAAGAUUAAGACGACAUAAUAUGCUUCUUGAAUGCAAGGUGCAGGACUUGAAAAUAAAGCUCCUGUCUGGAUCACUGGAUGACAUCAGUGAAGUGGAGCUAGGAACCGAAACAGAAAGCGUUCGGACUACAUCAAGUAUCUAUGAAAGGGAGGAGGCAAUUCAGAUAGACUACAGCAGCCUAGCAGAAGACCUGAAGGACCUAGAGUCUGAUAAAGAUAUAGAGGAUCAUCUGAGCCAGAUGCAGCAGGAAAUAAAAUCUAAAGAGACUACUUUAAUGAAGACAGCUGCUCCAAACCUGAGAGCAGUAGAGAAAUUACAGAUAGCUCGGGACAAGUUCCAACAGUCAAUAGAUGCUUUUGAGACCAGCAGGAAGGAGGCCAGAACAUGCAAGCAAGAAUUUGAACAGGUGAAAAAAAGAAGAUACGAGCUUUUUAGCCGGUGCUUUGAGCAUGCCUCCAUAGCCAUUGAUCAGAUCUACAAGAAACUUUGCAGAAACAGUAGUGCUCAGGCAUUCCUUAGUCCUGAAAAUCCUGAGGAGCCUUAUCUGGAAGGCAUUGGCUUUAACUGCGUGGCUCCGGGAAAACGCUUUAUGCCAAUGGACAGUUUGUCAGGAGGUGAAAAAUCUGUGGCAGCUCUGGCUCUUAUGUUUGCUAUACACAGUUUUCGGCCAGCACCUUUUUUUAUUUUAGAUGAGAUAGAUGCUGCCCUGGAUAACACCAACAUUGAUAAAGUAUCAAGUUUCAUUAGAGAACAGGCACAUGAACAGCUUCAAAUGAUAGUUAUUUCUCUAAAGGAAGAGUUUUAUUCCAAAGCAGACGCAUUGAUUGGAGUGUGUCCAGAGCAUGAUGACUUUAUGUUCAGUCGAGUACUGACUUUGGAUCUUACCGAGUAUCCAGACAUGAAUGACCAGGAGAGAACAGAGAAGCACAAGCGCAGUUCCGUUUCGGAAUAAAGCAUGGAUGAUUUCAGGGCCAGGUGACAACAGCAAGAACUGUGUUUACAGCUGACUGUAACAAAUCCUGAGUUUGAAUGUGGCUGUUAGAGGUUGAUAGAGAAAUGUUUACCUU